AAAAAAUUAGCCAACAAAAAAUAAAAGAAAAAAAGAAAAAGAAUUCGAUUUUUCCCGUUCACGUAUUCGCAAUUUCGCAUUUUCCUGGAGCUUUCCCUCUCCCAUCCUCCGACCGGAGAUCUGUUGCGCCGGUGGCGGUGGGAAGAAAAUAUCCGAUCAACCACGCCACCGACCUGAUUCCUCAGGCGGGCCUCAAAGGGUCGUUCGUUUUCUGUCGCUUUCGUUCGGAUUUUGACGAGAAAGUUCUAGAGGGAAAAACCUUGCAUUUCGACAACUACCAAACGCGACGCAACAGGGUCAGGAAUUUGAACGUGACUGACCGCGAAGAGGGUUUAGAGAGAGAGAGAGAGAGAGAGGGAGGGAAAUGGGACCAGACGCGGCGGCUCUUGCGGCAGCGGGGAUUCAGGCGGAGAGGUUGAAGAGGGACGGCAACGAUUACUACCAGCGGAAACGGUUCGGCGCCGCCAUCGACGCUUACACCGAGGCGAUAACUUUGUGCCCGGACGUGCCUAUCUACUGGACGAAUCGUGCUCUUUGCCAUCUCAAGCGGAAUGAUUGGUCGAGGCUCGAGGAGGAUUCGAGGAAAGCACUUCAACUUGAUCACAAGUCAGUCAAGGCUCAUUAUCUUCUGGGACUGGCAUUACUGAAGAAGCAGGAAUAUGCCGAAGGAGUCAAGCAACUGGAAAGAGCUUUGGAUCUUGGGAGGGGUGCCAACCCUAGGAGUUAUAUGGUAGAGACAAUAUGGCAAGAGCUUGCAAAAGCAAAGUAUUUAGAGUGGGAGCACGCAUCUACCGAACGUUCUUGGAAUCUCCAAAGCUUAAAGGAUGCUUGUGAGGUGGCUCUCAAAGAGAAGUUCUCUAAAGAAUCUUCCGAGUCAGAAGGGUUUGUUGAUGAACUCGAUAGGUCUCACUUGGAACGCUUGGAGCUUUUGGGACGGAUAUUUAGGAAAGCUGCAGAGGCGGAUACUCCAACUGAGGUGCCUGAUUAUCUCUGCUGUAAAAUCACCCUCGACACAUUCCGAGAUCCAGUCAUCACUCCAAGUGGGGUAACAUACGAGAGAGCAGUGAUUCUUGAACAUCUAGAGAAGGUUGGUAAAUUCGAUCCAGUCACACACGAGCCACUCAGUCCUUCCCAGCUGAUACCUAAUCUGGCCAUUAAAGCAGCAGUCCAAGCAUAUCUAGAUGAACAUGGGUGGGCAUACAAGAUGGACUAAGAACCCGUUGAUAUAUCCUGAGAAACUGAGCGAAAGGACCGAAUCUAAAAGGGAAGAGGUUUUCAUAUUCUGACCGGGUCGUGUCUGAGUCCUGUUGGUACGGUUCUCGGCCGCUGGGUUUGAAUGGAAUCCUUCUGUUCACAUCUUUGAGUCCCAUAUAGUUCCCGGCAUAAAAACUAUACAUGAGGUGUGUGUCUCGUCACGAAAUGUACAUAAACACGUCAAAAACAAUUUCAUCAGAUAUAGAUGUGUGGAGCUUUUGGUCUGGUGUUAAACAGGUAAUUUAAAGUCUGCAUAGUUUGAUUGACAUUGUAAGAAUCAGCUCUUUUCUCGAUGCAAGUAUUCUUUUCUGUUGCUGUUUC